GAGAAGUAACACGGCUCAUUGAGACACGUGCAAGUGGUCGUCGCAAACGCUGCAACCCUCGCCCCCAGCGGCCGGCGACGUCUUCAAGGCCGCUAGAGCACUAACCUUCUCGUACAGCAUCCACGCGAGCGACAAUGGACUACAUCAGAAGAUUUGACAUAGAACUGCUAAAAGAUCAAUACUACUCCGGUGAGACAGUUAGUGGCAACGUCAUCAUCGACAACUUUGAAAACAUAAAACACGCUGUAGAAUCUAAGGACACUAAGACGAUCUGCUGUCUGUGCUGUAAGCGGGGACCCGUGCUGCUGCACUGCAGCCUCGAGCGGUCGGCCUACUGCUGCGGAGAGUACAUCCGCCUGACGGCCCACGUCAACAACCAGACGCCGGAGAACGUGUGGCUAACGAUAAAGCUCCAGCAGAACGUGGAAUACUACAUCGACAGGGGCGUACUUGGGCUCAAUAAAGAUGCAUUACACACGGUCAUGGAGUUUCGAGGACCGAACGUGGGACCUAUCUCGAGAUACAGGUUUGACGACUACGAUCAGCUUCAGCUGCCUAUUGUUCCACCAACGCUCUCCAGCGACAUCUGUCGGCUUAUUCAGAUCAGCUACUCGCUUAAGAUCUGCAUGACAAUGGAGGAGAGCGGCGACGACAUGCACAUGGAGUUCCCCAUCGUCGUCGCCACGAUGCCCUACCGCGUGCCGAGCGCAACGCCGCCUGCUGCCUACUACGGCCACUGCUCGCAGCACGUCGAGGGCGGCAUGUACAUAAGCCCCGAGUUUCAGCUGGGACAGGUCUACGACGGCAGCACGGAGGACGACAACAUCAUACUCUACCGGCCGACGUACGUGCACAUCAAGCCGGAGCACUUCCGCUACAUCGAGACGAAGCCGACGGCGUCGUCGCGCGCGCCGCUUAACGGCACGCCGUCCAGCAUAAAGGAAGCCCCUUCCUCCGCCUCCGCCUCCUCCACCGCCGCCACCGCCGCCGCCGCCGCGAAAGAGGAGGGCGCACGCGAAAAGGACAACGCGUCGACGUCGAAGAUUUUACUCGAUGGCAUCAGGGCGGACAGCGGCGGCGGCGGCCAGGUUGUGAAAAAGUCGGUUAGCAGCUCGGUGCAAAAGCAAGUCUCAAAGACGGCAAGAACGACGGAAAGCCAUGCCUCCUCUCAACAACACUCUUCCUCCUCCGCCUCCUCCUACUCGCACUCACAGCAGCAGCAGCAGCAGCAGCAGCAGCGAAAGUGCGUCACCAAAACCACGGACGUUCCGACGACCCACUCGACUUCGAGGUCAGAGGUGACAAUCACGACAGAUGGGCGACACCGUAACAACAGCAGCAACUCCGAGAUGAUCUGAUUGGUCAGGAGAGCAGUCACGUGCCGCUGUGCUUAUUGAAUGGAGUAUGAGGGGAGCGCGGGGGGGGAACCUGAACAUAUAUCUACAGAAUAUUGUAUCUGUACAACAUACUUGCGUGGACAUGUUCACAGUGUGUGAUGGUCUAGCAGAGAACACUGCGGUAUUGUUGAACGCACACGGACCGGCGCGGUUCUAGAUAUCGAAAUAUAUAUAUAUAUAGGCCAUAUAUA